GAAAAUGGUCUCCACUCUCCUCCACUACCCUUCUUCUCCUCUCCUCUCCUUUUCCUCCAUUCCUCUCAGUCUCCACUAAUAAUACGAAGCCUACCCCGUUAUAGUCUUUCACUCAAAACACGCGCAAAAGACACAUACUUGUGUUGUACUGAAUACUGAGAGAGUAUAUUUGUUUGCAUGUUAGUAUUAGGUGGGUGGUGGGUGGUGGUGGGCUGAGUGAGCUUCUCUAAUUGACAGGGUUUUGGGAUUUUGGGAGGAAGGUAAGGCAAAAAAAAGGAAAAAAGAAGGUGAGGGAUCCGAUGAUGGAAGAUCUGGGUUUUGUGCUUGAUGCUGCGUGAUUAUCAAGUAUUAAGAUCAUAGGGGGGGAGGAGGAGGUGAAACGGCCGCUUUUAUUUCUGGAGUUUAACUGUAAAGCACUAGAUUUUGGUAGUGAUGAUGGCGGUGACUUCGGCCUGCAAAGAUGGUGGCACUAAAGUUCAAUUGGACAAUGGGAAGUAUGUCCGUUAUACGCCUGAGCAGGUCGAGGCUUUGGAGAGGUUGUAUCAUGAUUGUCCAAAGCCUAGCUCCCUUCGUCGACAACAGCUGAUUCGAGAAUGCCCAAUUCUUUCAAACAUUGAGCCUAAGCAGAUCAAAGUUUGGUUUCAGAACAGAAGAUGUAGGGAGAAGCAGCGUAAAGAGGCAUCCCGCCUUCAAGGUGUGAACAGAAAAUUGACAGCAAUGAACAAGCUGUUGAUGGAGGAAAAUGAUAGGUUGCAGAAGCAGGUUUCGCAGUUGGUGUAUGAGAAUAGUUUUUUCCGCCAACAGUCUCAAAAUGCAACUCUUGCCACCACUGAUAAUAGUUGUGAAUCAGUGGUUACAAGUGGUCAGCCCCACUUGACUCCUCAGCGUCCACCAAGAGAUGCUAGUCCUGCAGGACUUUUGUCCAUUGCAGAGGAGACUUUAACAGAGUUUCUAUCAAAGGCCACUGGAACUGCUGUUGAGUGGGUCCAAAUGCCUGGGAUGAAGCCUGGUCCGGAUUCCAUUGGAAUCAUUGCUAUUUCUCAUGGUUGCACUGGUAUAGCAUCACGUGCAUGUGGUCUUGUGGGUUUGGAACCUACAAGGGUUGCUGAAAUCUUAAAAGAUCGGCCCUCAUGGUUUCGUGAUUGCCGAGCUGUGGAUAUCCUCAAUGCGAUGUCUACUGGAAAUGGUGGAACCAUUGAACUUCUUUAUAUGCAGCUCUAUGCCCCUACUACUUUGGCACCAGCUCGUGACUUCUGGCUAUUACGCUAUACGUCUGUGAUGGAAGAUGGUAGUCUCGUGGUCUGUGAAAGAUCGCUGAACAACACUCAGAAUGGUCCCAGUAUGCCACCUGUUCAGCAUUUUGUAAGAGCUGAAAUGCUGCCGAGCGGAUACUUGAUCAGACCUUGUGAGGGAGGUGGCUCAAUAAUCCAUAUAGUUGACCACAUAGACUUAGAGCCAUGGAGUGUGCCUGAAGUGAUCCGUCCGCUAUAUGAGUCGUCAACGUUGCUUGCUCAGAAGACAACAAUGGCGGCUUUACGCCAAUUAAGACAGAUUUCACUUGAAGUUUCUCAGCCUACCGUCACAGGAUGGGGAAGAAGACCUGCAGCAUUACGAGCACUUAGCCAAAGAUUGAGCAAGGGUUUCAAUGAGGCUGUAAAUGGUUUCACAGAUGAGGGAUGGUCUAUGCUUGACAGUGAUGGCAUUGAUGAUGUUACUGUUCUUGUGAACUCUUCUCCCAGCAAAUUGACGGGAGUAAAUUUUCAUUAUACUAAUGGAUUUUCAUCCGUCAGCAAUGCAGUGCUAUGUGCCAAGGCCUCCAUGCUUUUACAGAAUGUCCCUCCUGCUAUACUUCUCAGGUUCCUCCGGGAACACCGAUCAGAGUGGGCUGACAGCGGUAUUGAUGCAUACUCAGCAGCAGCUAUUAAAGCUAGCCCUUGUAGUGUACCUGUGUCUCGAGCGGGGAACUUUGGUGGGCAGGUCAUCCUUCCACUUGCUCACACCAUCGAACAUGAAGAGUUCAUGGAAGUCAUCAGGCUGGAAAAUAUUGGCCAUUAUCGAGAAGACAUGAUUAUGCCUGCUGAUAUAUUCCUCUUACAACUUUGUAGUGGAGUGGAUGAGAAUGCCAUUGGUACUUGUGCAGAACUCAUCUUUGCCCCAAUAGAUGCCUCUUUCUCUGAUGAUGCCCCUCUUCUUCCAUCUGGUUUUCGCAUCAUUCCCCUCGAUUCCAAAGUGGAUUCCUCUAGUCCUAAUCGAACACUUGACCUUGCAUCGACACUUGAAGUUGGACCAUCAGGAAACAGGAUAUCCGGUGAAUGUUCCAGGCACUCUGGUAGUGCGAAGUCAGUUAUGACAAUAGCAUUUCAAUUUGCAUUUGAGAUGCAUCUUCAAGAAAAUGUAGCAGCUAUGGCUCGGCAAUAUGUUCGCAGCAUAAUAUCAUCUGUUCAGAGGGUGGCCUUGGCUCUUUCCCCUUCUCAUCUUGGUUCUCAUCCAGGUUUACGGCCACCACCAGGGACACCUGAAGCACAGACGCUAGCUCGUUGGAUCUGCCAAAGCUAUAGGUUCUUUCUAGGUGUGGAGUUACUUAAACCUGUUAGUGAAGGAAGUGAAUCCAUCCUCAAAACUCUUUGGCAUCACUCAGAUGCUCUCAUGUGUUGCUCUUUGAAGCCAUUGCCAGUUUUCACCUUUGCUAAUCAGGCUGGACUUGAUAUGCUUGAAACCACUUUAGUUGCACUCCAAGAUAUUACUCUUGAGAAGAUUUUUGAUGACAAUGGAAGAAAGACACUCUUCUCCGAGCUUCCACAGAUUAUGCAACAGGGUUUUGCCUGUCUUCAAGGUGGCAUCUGCUUGUCAAGUAUGGGUAGGCCAGUCUCUUAUGAGAGAGCCGUUGCUUGGAAGGUGUUGAAUGAAGAAGAGAACGCUCACUGCAUAUGCUUCAUGUUUGUUAACUGGUCUUUCGUUUGAUUUUGUAAAAUCAGUCACAGUAGGCAAAAAACAUCACAUUCUGGCUUCCAUCUAUGUCGUUACCCUUUUAACUGUAUACUGUUUAACUAAUCCAUCAAGUUAUUUUGUCUUGUUAUGCUAUAUAUGGAUUCUUCUGUGCCAUGCUUAA